UUAUUCCAGCCCAAACAGGUUGGCGAGAUCACCGUCCAACAUCGGAUUGUCCUCGCGCCUUUGACGCGCAACCGAGCGAACAAGGAGCAUGUUCACGGCGACCUCGCAGUGGAGUAUUACUCUCAGCGUGCGAGCAUGCCCGGGACGCUGCUCAUCACCGAGGCGACGUAUAUCGCGCGGAAGGCAGGCGGGUACCCGCACGUCCCGGGCAUAUGGAGCGAGGAGCAGAUUGCUGCGUGGAAG